AUAUUCAAAGGAUAUUCAGAGGAUAUCCAGAGAAUAUUCAGAGGAUAUCGAGAGAACAUUCAGAGAAUAUUCAAAGGAUAUCCUCCGGAUGUCCAGAGGACAUUCGAACAUCCUCAGGAUGUUCUCUGAACAACUUCGGGAUGUGUGUUGUUAGGGCAAUGUAUGGGAUUACAAGACGCGGGAUGGUGUACAUAUAUAUUUUCCCUUCGUGCCACGCGCGCGUUCGACGAUGCUAUCGUAAUCAGUUAAUUUCCGGGCGUUAAGCGGUUUCGUCCGAGGGAGGGGACGAAUUGGCGAUAUUCGGCGAGUGACGGCGCGCGAGAUAUGACAAUUCGAGGGAUGAUCCAGGUGCGAGGGAUAAUUCGCCCCGUGUGCUGCCUUGCUGUCCGCGCGAGGAUCCAUUCCUUGCUGAAGAGAAGGGACUGAAGGCAGAGUUUUCGUGCCUCCUAUCGCCGGCCUACUGCAGGAUUCGCGUCGCGCGCGAAAGCGCAAGAAGAGGAAUCGAGAGCGAUUACGGAUCGAUACCGAUGCACUUGGGAGAUGUCAAGUUGCGGCGAGGAUGAAACACGAGCGACGUUAAAGUGCAAUCGUCUGGAAUGAUGCAUUGAGAUAAAGGCCUCCGCGCAUUACCGAGGCGCGACGACGUUUAUGACGCCACUUCGUCUUCGAGGUUGCAGUGCCACGAAAACCCAAACUCGCGAAUAAAGAAACGACAUGUCCUUUACGAAAUAUCGACAAUUUCCGCCGUUGCUGCCGUAUCGGAGCGCACAAAGCCCUUCCGUGGCGAUCUGUUCGCUUAACUGGGCUCCGUUGAACUCGUGGAAACGUUAAAAGGAAACGGAAUUAUAUUUUGCGCAAUUUUCCCCGUCAUCCUCCUCAAUUAUCGCCAAUCACCUUCGCAAAUAAUUAUGCUUUAACACCCCGGGUGAGUUAAUCAGGAGAGUUAACACACACCAUCAACCGGUGCCUAGGGUUGACCAACUGAUCUAUCGGAGAGUCCCAGUGUUCACUUGGCCAAUUAGCGAUGCGAGCUGUCGAAUCUAUCCUUUCUUGAUGCGACUCUUUCGGUUCCUCGACGAGCGAUCGUUGUAACAAGUCGAUCGCGGGCGGUGAAUCGCGUUCGAGUCAACACUUCCGGUGCGUCGCGCCUCGUCAUGAGAGCGGAAGCUGACGGACGAGCGGCGACGAGCGUCGCGUGGGGUUUAUCGUCAGCGGACUUGCGCCUGGUGAGCCGGAAGGGCGCGAGAUGAAAGCGCCCGCGUCGCGGGAUGUCGUCGGGGCUGGCCGGAUGAAGAGGAUGAACAGGAUGAGGACGGCCGGGAUGGUCCCUAUGGCGCCGCUGGCCGUGAUUGUCUGGUGCUCCUGCUGGCUCCUGCUGAUCGGCGAGUGCGCCGGUCAGAAGCCGAUCAAUCUUAGCGGCAGCAAGAAGCGCGACGUAUACAUCGCCGGUUUCUUCCCGUAUGGGAACCACGUGCCGGAGGGCCACAUCGGACGGGGCGUCAUGCCCGCGGUGAAACUCGCCGUCGAGCACAUCAACGAGCACCCGACGAUACUCAGGGACUAUCGGCUGCACAUGUGGUGGAACGACACGGAGGUGAGUUUUUCUUUCUCUCUCUUUCUCCGGAGAAUGAAUAAUACGAGGGACGUUUGA